AUUUUUGCAUACAAGAAAUACAAAAAAACAUUCAAAUGAGGUUCAUUUUGGAACAAACCCAUACGCUCUGACUACAGUGUAGCGAGUAUAAACAAAUAGAAGAGUAAAAUUAGAACGACUUUAUGUUAAUGGUGGUCUUCUUUAUGCUGCGCCAACCCCUCGAAUUUCCAAUUCAAUCGCAGCGCGUUUGGUUGAGCAUAAAAGACUGAACUCUGAUUAGUCUGUUACAAAACAUUACCUCGAGUGGAAGCGGACUGGCUAAGCUUUUAAGAAUGGCAGAUAUUCUCAAUGGAACCUUGCUCAUUUCGGAAGAUCCUGUCCAGCUGCCACUCAUUGGCAGUCCCUGGCCCGCACUGACCAUUAUCUCCCUCUAUCUGCUCUUCGUCCUGAAGGUGGGCAAAAAGAUAAUGGAGGACCGAAAGCCCUACGAUCUUCGGGGAGUGAUCAAGGUCUACAAUAUAUUUCAGAUCCUGUACAACAGCGCAGUUCUUAUAGGCGGACUUCACUUUUUGUUCGUUCUGAAGGCUUACGACCUGAGUUGCAUCAUCACUCUGCCGCUGGAUCACGAGUACAAGGACAGGGAGAGAUUAAUUACCUACGCGUAUUUCAUAAACAAAUUCAUGGAUCUCAUUGAGACGUUCUUCUUCGUGCCGAAGAAGGAUCGGCAGAUAUCGUUUCUGCACGUCUUCCACCAUUUAGUGAUGUCUUUCGGCGGAUACGUCCACAUUACCUUCAACGGAUAUGGUGGUACUUUAUUCCCACUGUGCCUCUUGAAUGUGGCGGUGCAUGUGAUCAUGUACUCCUACUACUAUUUGUCAUCCGUCAACAAGGCUGUGCAGUCGAGUCGGUGGAAGAAGUGCAUCACCAUUGUCCAGCUGGUCCAGUUUGUCCUGGUUCUAUCGAACUUUAUCUACACUUUGAGGCAACCCAACUGCAAGGCCCCUCGACCGGUGAUAUAUUUUGGCAUGUCGGUUGCCGGGACUUUCAUCCUGAUGUUCACAAACUUUUACAUUCACGCCUACGUACUGCCCGGCAAGAAGAAGCCCGAACUGAAAGUCCAUUAAGUUGGGAAGUCAUUUAA